AUGUCGUCCGCGCCCACAAUCGGCGAGAAAGCCGAAGCCGAACACCAUGGCGCGUCCUCCCCCGACAUCGUCGGGCACUCGACGCUCGAAAACGAGGCGCAUCUCACGCGACGCAUCCUCUGGAAGACAGACACCAGAAUUCUCCCAAUCCUGUCGCUGCUCUUCCUCUGCUCGUUCCUCGACCGCACCAAUGUCGGCAAUGCUCGCAUCAUCGGCCUCGAGGAUGACUUGAAAAUCUCCAACCUGCAGUACAACCAGGGCUUGGCCGUGUUCUAC